CAGCAUAUUUUGACAAGGUUGCUCAAUAUAAUCUACAUCAUUUUUUUUGUGUUAACCAAAUAUAUAUACGUACAUUUGGUAACGUUCCUCUUAUGACUUCCGAGCACCUCGGUUUCCAUGGACUAUACCGGUUUGUGCUACUUCUGCUAGUGAGUGUACUAGUUCUAAAUCUAUCCCAUGUCGUUAGAGGAAGAAUCCUCGAACAGGACACGAGUAACUACGAGUCAGCUCCUCCCAAGGGAACUGUCAAAACCAUUAAGGGCGAAGAUGGGGAUGUGGUAGAUUGUGUUGAUAUACGGAAACAGCCAGCUCUUAAUCAUCCUCUCCUCAAGGAUCAUAAGAUACAGAUGGACCCUAGCUCAUCUCUCAAAAUGAUGAACCAAAGCAACCCUACAACGGCCUUCAUCCAUCAACUUUGGCACAAGAACGGUUUCUGCUCAGAAGACACCGUUCCCAUUCGAAGAAGGCAGCUUCAAGACCAGCCUCCUACAAACGAUACAAUCAAAGGACCACACAAUGAGGUCUUUCCAAAGCACUAUGGUGACCAUAGAACAAGGUUUUUCAUUUACUUUACGACAGAUGAUUCCUUGACUACACGUUGCUGGGACUUGGAUUGUAACGGAUUUGUGCAAGUCAACAACAAAUUUUCACUUGGAGCCUACAUAACACAAGUUUCGACCAUAGGUGGUGACUUGUAUGAGUUAAAAAUAGCCAUUUUUCAGGAUCGAAAGACGGGAAAUUGGUGGCUAAGUGUCAUGGACACUUCAAUAGGAUACUGGCCAGCAUCCCUCUUCCCCGGCUUACCAGAAGGCGCUACGAGUUUAGAAUGGGGUGGAUCUGUCUACGAUUCAAUCGGAAUUGGUCCGCACACUGACACGAAUAUGGGGAACGGAUUAUUUCCCGAUCUAAGGGUUAACAAAGCGAGCUACGUGUGUUCACUUCAAUAUGUGGAUGAAUCAUUCACACUUCAAAUUCCAGAAAGAUCGAAUUUAUUUGGAGGAGGAACUAACCCUUUUUGUUACAAUGCGCAACUUUUACCAGAGUUAGACCCUGACCAAGGAUUGUGUUUUCUGUUUGGUGGCCCUGGUAAAAAUCCCAAAUGUCCUUAAGUUUGAAUGUUUGAUCUUACCUUCUCUUUUUUUGAAGCUUGAUUGUGUAAUUUACUCAUCAUUUAUCAUGAAUUUGGUUAGUUUGUAGUAAAAUUUUUGGUUUGUUGAAAAGUGUAUACAAUCAAAAUGUCAGUGAAUAAAGAAGCUGUUUAACUUCAA